CUUCGAGAAAGAGAAGCGCGGGCCGGUCCCGCAGCCCUUGCGGAGCGGUCGCGGGGAGCCGGAGCAGCACGCGGGGCCGGGCCGUGGGGCGGCGAGGCCGCCGGAGAGGAAAGUGCAAUGGCGAGGAAUUUAUCUGUAAUCUUGAUCCUGACCUUUGCCUUGUCAGUCACAAAUCCCCUUCAUGAAGUAGAACCAGCAACUGCUUUUCCUACCACUGAGAACGUUAUUUCAAAUUGGGAGUCCAGCGUUAAUGUUGACUUGGCAGUUACCACACGACGAUACCAUCUACAGCAGCUUUUCCAUCGCUAUGGAGAGAAUAACUCCUUGUCAGUUGAAGGUUUCAGAAAAUUGCUUCAAAAUAUAGGCAUAGAUAAAAUCAAGAGGAUUCAUAUCCGCCAUGACCAUGAUCAUCACUCUGAUCAUGAUCAUCACUCUGACCAUGAUCAUCACUCUGACCAUGAUCAUCACUCUGACCAUGAUCAUCACUCUCAUCGUAAUCAUGCUGCUUCCAGUAAGAAUCACCGCAAGGCUCUCUGCCCAGACUCUGAUAGUUCGGGUAAAGACCCCAAGUCCAGCCAGGGAAAAGGAUCUCACCGAUCAGAACGUACGAAUAAUAGACGGAAUGUCUUAACCAAGGAUGGAAUUGGUGGUAGUAAAGUCACCUCAACUGUAGAUAAUGUUAUCUCUGAAGGAACUCACUUUCUAGAGACAAUUGAAACUCCAAAGCCUGGAAAACUUUCACCCAAAGAUGUGAGCAGUUCCACGCCACCAAGUAUCACAGAAAAAAGCCAGGUGAUCCGACUGGCUAGUAGAAUAACAAAUGAAUCUAUGAGUGAACCCCGAAAGGGCUUUAUGUAUUCCAGAAACACAAACGAAAACUCACAGGAGUGUUUCAACGCGUCAAAACUGCUUACCUCUCAUGGCAUUGGCAUCCAGGUUCUGCUGAAUGCAACACAGUUCAGCUAUCUCUGCCCAGCCAUCAUCAACCAAAUUGAUGCUCGAUCCUGUCUGGUUCACACCAGUAGUGAAAAAAAGACUGAAGUUCCUCCAAAGACCCAUUCUUUACAAAUAGCCUGGGUCGGUGGCUUUAUAGCCAUUUCCAUCAUCAGUUUCCUGUCUUUGCUGGGUGUUAUCUUAGUACCUCUUAUGAAUCGAGUGUUUUUCAAAUUUCUCCUAAGUUUUCUUGUGGCAUUAGCUGUUGGAACACUGAGUGGUGAUGCUUUCUUACAUCUACUUCCUCAUUCUCAUGCAAGUCACCACCAUAGUCACAACCAUGAAGAGACAGCGAUAGAAAUGAAGAGGGGACCACUUUUCAGUCACCUAUCAGCUCAAGACCUCGAGGAAAAUGCCUAUUUUGAUUCCACCUGGAAGGGGCUGACAGCUCUAGGAGGCUUGUAUUUCAUGUUUCUUGUUGAACAUGUCCUCACAUUGAUCAAGCAAUUUAAAGAUAAGAAGAAAAAGAAUCAGAAAAAACCCGAAAGUGAUGAUGAUGUGGAGAUUAAGAAGCAGUUGUCCAAGUAUGAAUCUCAACUUUCAACAAAUGAGGAGAAAGUGGAUACUGAUGAUCGAUCAGAAGGCUAUUUACGAACAGACUCUCAAGAGCCCUCCAACUUUGAUUCUCAACAGCCAGCAGUGUUGGAAGAAGAGGAGGUCAUGAUAGCUCAUGCUCAUCCACAAGAAGUCUACAAUGAAUAUGUGCCCAGAGGGUGCAAAAAUAAAUGCCACUCUCAUUUCCACGAUACACUCGGCCAGUCCGAUGACCUCAUUCACCACCACCAUGACUACCAUCACAUUCUGCACCACCACCACCACCAGAACCACCACCCCCACAGUCACAGCCAGCGCUACUCGAGGGAGGAGCUGAAAGAUGCUGGCAUCGCGACUUUGGCAUGGAUGGUGAUAAUGGGUGAUGGACUGCACAACUUCAGUGAUGGCCUCGCAAUUGGAGCUGCUUUUACUGAAGGUUUAUCAAGUGGUCUAAGUACUUCUGUUGCUGUGUUUUGUCAUGAGUUGCCUCAUGAAUUAGGUGACUUUGCUGUUUUACUCAAGGCGGGCAUGACUGUUAAGCAGGCCGUUCUUUACAAUGCUUUAUCAGCCAUGUUGGCAUAUCUUGGAAUGGCAACAGGAAUUUUCAUCGGCCAUUAUGCUGAAAAUGUUUCCAUGUGGAUUUUUGCACUUACUGCUGGCUUGUUCAUGUAUGUUGCUCUGGUUGAUAUGGUACCUGAGAUGCUGCACAAUGAUGCUAGUGACCAUGGAUGUAGCCGCUGGGGAUAUUUCUUUUUACAGAACGCUGGGAUACUUUUAGGUUUUGGAAUUAUGUUACUUAUUUCCAUAUUCGAACAUAAAAUUGUGUUUCGUAUAAAUUUCUAACUAGGUUAUAAAUACUAGAGUAGCUCAAAAAAUGUCUGUAGUUUGAAUAGGUCAUAGGGAGAUGAGAGUUUGUAUGCUGGGAUCAACAGCGUUUAAAGUUAGUUUUGUGGCUUUUAUAUGAAUAUUGUUGUUUAUUAUGCGUGUAAGUUCAGUUAUGGAGGUAACAUAAAGGUACAUUUAAAUAUUUAAGUUAUUCUGUUUUGGGAAUAUAAGCUAUAUGUGCAUUUUACCAAUAUUACCAGUUUAUUGUAUAAACAAGAGAUUUGGCGUGUGUUCUGUAUAUUUUAGGGGAAAAUCUUCAGUGUUUUUUCUAGAACUAAUGUAAUACAGUUAAUCCCCAAUACUGGAUUUUAGGCCUCUGAACAAUUGCUGAUGUUUCAGAAUGAAAAUAUGUGCAAGUCCAAGAUGCCAAUAAAGCUAUACUAAAUUUAACCUAUGAAAUAGA